UGAUUAAGAAAUGAAAGUAUCGAUUAGUUAUGUCGAAUUUAGUUAGACGCCUUACUUGGAAUUUACUUUUGAAGCUCAGAAUUUCAAACAUAUUAACUCAACCUUAGAAUGGCAAAAAUGGCUUUUCAACAUCAGGCCGGAACGGCCAUGGAAUGUUUGAGUAUUCCAAUAACGCUUCAUAAAGAAAAAGAAUACGAUAUAGACGGCCGAGAAAUAUUGAAAUGUGGGUUUAAAAUAGGAGGUGGCAUAGACCAAGAUUUUAGGAAAAGCCCACAGGGAUAUACUGAUUAUGGCAUUUAUGUUACUGAAGUUCAUGAAAAGAGUCCGGCGUCUAGAGCAGGCUUGCGCAUCCAUGACAAAAUAUUACAGUGCAAUGGCUAUGACUUCACAAUGGUAACUCAUAAAAAGGCUGUUAGCUACAUUCGAAAAAAUCCAAUUUUAAAUAUGCUUGUUGCAAGAAAAGGUGUAACUUCCACGUAACUUAUUGCUUAUCACUGUAGUUAAAACAACCAAAAUUUGUGUAGGUGAUAAAAUUAUAUAUAUACUUUAUUAUAUUUAAAUAUAAGUCCGAAAAGUAUAAAUUAGAGAUGAAUUACAUUGUUAAGGCCAAUUACAUUGCAAGACAGGAGUAUGACAGUAAUUGAAUUAGGCUUCAAGUUGGAAUUCUACAGUUAUUAUUUUAAACACACGGUUCAAAUAUACGCACGAAGAUAACGCGCACAGUUAUGUAUAAUAUAGGCACGAAUGUGUUUUAAUAGUUUCGGAAGAACUUCGUUCAUUGUCAAAAAAUAGCUGCAAUUUGUUACAAGUUAAAGUGUGGUGGUGCGCACCGAACAAGAUCUAAGUUUUACCAACUUUCAGCUUCCAAAAUGCAUGCCAAUUUCAUCGAGUAGUAAUAAACAAAAUGUUACAGAGAAUACAAGAAGUGUUUUUCAUGGCGAAGAAAUUUUCCAUAAUGGAUAGUUGGUUGGGAUAUUGAAGCUUCUUGCUUUACAGCAUUAAUUGCUAAUAAUUUUUUCUUAAAUUUUUUCCAACUUGUUUCUACGGAAAAGUUCGCAAUAAAAUGCAUGUACGACGUCACACAGUUAAUACACAAAAUUCGAAAAUGUUUAAGUUUGGUUUUUUUAUCUGAAGCUAGCAAACAAAAAACACUUGCAUAUCAAUUAGUGGUGAGGAUUUUAGUGCUAUUGAACACUUUUUGAUUGUUGAAUUUGAUGUUUUGAGCGAUCAGAUCUAAUUUUUUACUUAUUUUGGGGUUAUGUAAGAGUAAUGAAUUCACUUCUCUCAACUCUUCUUAACAUUUAAAAACUUUUUAUAAAUUUGUAAAAUCCUUUGAAUUUACUGAAUACGAAUUAAAACCAUACAGGUGUAUUCAUAGUAAAACAAAAGAAAUAGCAGACAAUACUGGAGAAACCAUAACGACCUUAUCUUGAUACAUAACUUCAAAUAUAGCAAAAAGUGUUCUCCGGCCCUUAUUUUUUAAGAAAUUAUCUUAACAUAAGUUUUAAAUACAAUGAUGGAUUUUUAAAACUGUUUUUUCAAUACACUGUAACGAUAACACAUUUAUUAAAAAAAACGAACACAGAAAAGACAUUUUAUAACGCAUACAAAGUUCUUUAA